AUGACUUCUAACGAGCUAUCGAAACUUUCACCAAAAGCCCUCAAAGAAUAUAUCAAUGCCUACAAUUUACCAUCGAAAAAUGCCAUUGAAAAAAGUGAUCUCCAACAGGAGCAACAAAGGCGGCAGCAACAAGAUCGAGCUCAACAACAACAAGAACAAGCUCAACGCCAGCAGGAGCAAAUCAGACGCCAACAACAACAGCAACAAAGAGACGAACAUCUUCGGAGAAUGCGAGAACAGCAACAAAGGCAAGCAUCGCCCACAACUCAAAGAACUACUACUACCACUUCAACUACUAAUUCACCUAAUAAUUCAUCACCACAACAGACGAGACCCUUAUCACCUCUAUCUAAUGACAAUUUACUAUCGCUUCAUGAUCUUGUCAAAACAAAGAUUGACCCGGCAUCGCUUUCUGUGCGUACAUUAAAAUCUAUUUUAAAAGCAAAUUAUGUCGAGCAAUCUCAUGUCAUUGAGAAAUCCGAGCUUAUAAAAUUGGUUGUACGACUAGCUGAUCAACACAGGGCGGAAAUUGAAUCUAGCAAAAGAAAUGAUGAAGGGGAUGGAGGAGGUAAUGAGGAUUUAUUAUGUCGAAUCUGUUUCGAUAAUCAGCAAAACUGUGUAUUUUUGGACUGUGGACAUAUGGUAACUUGUAUGGAUUGCGCUAAGAAGGGUAAUAAGUAUAAUGCUCCUUUAGGGAACAACCCAACCUUUUUAUUGGCUGACCUACUUUGCCUUUUUGUCACAUAUGAAAUGGAUCCAGCGAUCGAUCUUUCAACUGUUCUAGGCGGGCUUUUGAGGGGAUUUAGAACUAAAAGAUGUGCUUCUCGGUUUUAUCUUGUAUUAGGAUUUUCUAGUACAGUAGUUUUUGUUGUCGUUGUUGUCGUUUCUUUUUUUUUUUUUGCUUGAUAAGAGGAAGGAGAUAAAAUUAAAUGUUCAAAAGACAGUCCAGUAAAACGUCGUAAUGCACAACUUUAUUUCACUUUUCCCACGCAUCUCCAACUUAUUGGACCUAUUUUUUUCCACGCCUCGUUUAUCCCCACCCCUUUUUUUUCAUUCUCUUUUGUUUUUGUUUACAUUCGAGAUGAAUACUGUAUUUUUACGCCUGGCUAAAACCCAUAAUUCCUCUUUACUAUUGAAAAAAGUAUGUAUGUUAUAAGCCCCGAGAAUCCUAUUAUUAUUGAC